AUGCCAGUGCCUGAGGUGGCGUCUGACACUGCCAGCGCUGCCACCAUGUUGAGCCCCGUCCUCAACGCCUCCAAUGGAGACGGCUCCGAGUCUGAAACCACCUCUGCCAUCCUCGCCUCCGUCAAGGAACAGGAGCUGCAGUUUGAACGUCUGACCAGGGAGCUGGAAGCCGAACGACAGAUCGUUGCCAGUCAGCUGGAGAGAUGCAAGCUUGGCUCUGAGACCGGAAGCAUGACUAGCAUCAGUUCAGCAGAUGAAAAAUUUCGCUGGAACAGCCAAGAUGGACAGAAAGACAUAGAGGAAGAGCUGACAACAGGCCUAGAGCUGGUGGACUCUUGCAUCCGAUCGCUCCAGGAAUCAGGCAUCUUGGACUCACAGGACACCUCUACAGGAGACAGACAAGGACUCCUGUCCCAAAGCGCUUUGCAGCUCAACAACCAGGAUGCCUAUGCAGCAGCUGGUUACCACAGUAACCAAGGCCUGGCACUUGGGGAAACAGUCACAGGCCGCAGCGGGCAGGUCGGAGGGGCAGUUCACAGCUACAACCAGGUGACAUCCAGCCGUGCAGCUGCCCAGUUAGUGGGGACAGACUCUCCCUCCCAGUCCCAGAGAGAUUCAUUUGCCCAGCAGGCCCAUGGCAGCGCCUUCCAUAUGCCCACUGAGGGAGGAUCUGCACCUGCAGGACCAUCCAUGUAUUACUCCUGUGCCACUCUGCCUGCACAGCGUGUCAGCUCCCCUCUGCAGGCAGUGGGAUCCCCUACCAAGCUGCAGCGUCUGGGAUCAGCCUCCUCUGACAUGCCCAGCUAUGCCACUCUACAGAGGGUGUCCUCACCCAAACAGUCACCCAGUCGACUUGCCAAGUCCUACAGCACCUCAUCGCCCAUCAACAUGGUAGCAUCAGGUGCCGCUGGCUCCUCCUCACCUCUCCCCAUGGCAGCCUCCCCGGGGGGUAACCACACCUCGUCGCCCAUCCACCAGCUUAGCUCAGCAGUGGGAAGCUACGCCACGCUGUCGCCCACCAAGCGCAUGCUGCAUCACAUCGGAGCAGACAGCUACAAGAUUUCCCACGAGCUGUACGCCAACGCAACCCUGCAAAGGCCUGGUAGCCUGGCAGGCUCUAGAGGUUCCUACAGCAGCCAGCACAGUCACCUGGGCUCUGAGCUUCGACCUCUGCAGUCUCCUGAACACCACAUUGACCCCAUCUACGAAGACAGAGUCUACACCAAACCCAACCUUAGAGGACAAGCUCCACCCUCCCCCGGUGUCGACCCAAUCCCCUUGCAGCGAACGGGAAGCCAGAGCGCCACCGGCACCUUCCAGAGAGGCAGCUUCGCCACAGGAGGCGGGGCAGCUGACUACGCCAACCCUUACCGCACUCUGCAGUUCUGCCCGUCCACUGAGUCACCUUACAGCAAGUCGGGCCCCACCCUCCCCCCUGAGGCUGCCCUGGGCCGGUCUCCAUCUGUGGACAGCAUCCAGAAGGACCCAAGGUACGACCCUGAAUUCCUUGUGUGGAAUCAAAAUCAAGCCGAGCAAAGAAUGACAAAGGAGUUUGGCUGGAGGGAUCCAGAGCUUCCAGAGGUGAUCCAGAUGUUGCAGCAUCAGUUCCCAUCAGUCCAAUCCAACGCUGCUGCCUACCUUCAGCACCUCUGCUUUGGAGACAACAAGAUCAAAUCUGAGAUUCGGCGGCAAGGUGGCAUCCAGCUGCUGGUGGACCUGUUGGACCACCGGAUGACCGACGUCCACCGCAGCGCCUGCGGGGCCCUGCGAAACCUGGUGUACGGCAAAGCCAACGACGACAACAAGAUCGCCCUGAAGAACUGCGGAGGCAUACCUGCUUUGGUCCGACUGCUCCGGAAGACCACAGAUGUGGAGAUCCGAGAGCUGCUCACAGGUGUUUUGUGGAACCUGUCGUCAUGCGAUGCCCUGAAGAUGCCCAUCAUCCAGGAUGCCCUGGCAGUGCUGACUAAUGCUGUGAUUAUCCCUCACUCGGGCUGGGACACCUCCCCACAUACACAGGAGGACCGCAAGCUGCACCUACACUCUUCCCAGGUCCUCCGCAACGCCACAGGCUGUCUCCGGAAUGUGAGUUCGGCAGGCGAGGAGGCCCGCAGGAGGAUGAGGGAGUGUGAGGGCCUGACAGACGCUCUUCUCUACGUCAUCCAGACCGCUCUGGGGAGCAGUGAGAUUGACAGCAAGACCGUAGAGAACUGUGUGUGCAUCCUGAGGAACUUGUCGUACCGUCUGGCUGCGGAGACGUCUCACAGCCAGCAGGGGGGGUCGGAGGAGCUGGACGGUCUGUUAUGUGACACUGGCGGGAAGGACGCAGAGAGCUCCGGAUGCUGGGGCAAGAAGAAGAAGAAAAAGAAGGGACACGACCAGUGGGACGGCGUCGGCCCGUUUCCAGACUUGGCGGAGCCCCCAAAAGGCAUCCAGAUGUUAUGGCACCCCACCAUCGUCAAGCCCUACCUCACACUUCUGUCUGAGUGUUCGAACCCCGACACCCUGGAGGGGGCAGCUGGGGCUCUGCAGAACCUAGCUGCUGGCAGCUGGAAGGUAAAUCCCUCACUCUGUCCUGCCCAGUGGUCGGUGUAUAUUCGGGCUGCGGUGCGUAAGGAGAAGGGCCUACCCAUCCUGGUGGAGUUGCUGAGGAUAGACAACGACCGGGUGGUGUGUGCCGUGGCCACUGCACUGAGAAACAUGGCUCUGGACAUCAGGAACAAGGAGCUCAUCGGUAAAUACGCCAUGAGGGACCUGGUGCACCGCCUGCCUGGAGGCAGCAACAACAACAAUAGCAGCGGUGGUGGAGGAGGAGGCGGAGGGGGCGCCAACAAUGGCAGCCUGGUGGGGAAGACAAUGUCAGAUGACACCAUCACAGCUAUCUGCUGCGCGCUGCAUGAGGUCAUCACCAAGAACAUGGAGAACACCAAGGCUCUGAGGGACGCCGGCGGCAUCGAGAAGCUCAUCAGCGUUGCCCGCAGCAAAGGGGACAAACAUAGUCCUAAAGUGGUGAAAGCAGCAUCUCAAGUCCUGAACAGCAUGUGGCAAUACAGAGACCUCCGCAGCCUCUACAAAAAGGAUGGCUAUUCUCAGUACCAUUUCGUCGGCUCUUCCUCCACAAUAGAGAGAGACAGACAGCGACCUUAUUCUUCCUCUCGUACUCCGUCCAUCUCUCCCGUACGGACCUCACCUAACAAUCGAUCCGCAAGCGCACCCGCUUCCCCCAGGGAGAUGAUGGCGUUGAAGGAGAGGAAGGCAGACUAUGAGUCGACUGGCAAUGCCAGUUACCAUGGUAACAAGGGCGAGCACACAUCCCGGAAGGACGCCAUGACGAGUCAAAUCUCCGGCGGGUCUUCAACACUACACAGAGGAGCAUACGUGUCGCCUACCGAUGACCUGAAGUAUAAUCAGGUCUCUUGUCAAGGCUUGCCUUCAGAGCCCUACCCUCCUUUCCAAAACCCUCCCCCGCCCGACAGUGGAAACUACGAGGACCAGGCCUUCUACGAGAACCAGGUUCAUGUGGGAGGGCGCCCCCAGCAGGGUGAACUCAACAUGCAUCUGCAGGGCCUCAAGUCCACCGGCAACUACGUAGACUUCUACUCAGCCUCGCGGCCCUACAGUGAGCUCAACUACGAGACCAGCCACUAUCCAGCCUCACCAGACUCCUGGGUCUAA